AUGGGCGAGAGCUCCUUUGUGCCGUACCUGUACGUGCCCAGCGCCGAGGCGACGUACGUGAAGCUGGUGACGCCCUGGGGCAGCGUGCACAUGGACAAGGGCUUCCUGGAGCAGCUGGCUGUCAGCGUGGGCGUCGUCGUGCUGACGGUGAUGCUGUGGCGGUGCUCCGCGAGGCUCAACGCGUCGCUCAAGAAGCGAUCGGACGCCAAGAAAAGCGGGCGGAAAGAUGGAGAAGAAGAGGAGGGAGAGGACGAUGAUGGUGACGAGGAGGAAGAGGAUGACGAGCCCAGGUCCGCGCUGGACGAGAGUAUGGUCAAGAAGGGCGACCACAGCUACUACUACGCGCACCAGCACCGCGAGAUCAAAGACGACGACGAGAGCGUGCAAAAGACCAUGGUCUCGUCCUACGGCUGGAGCGACAACAAGAAGACCGUUAGCAUCUACCUGACUGACAACGUGGUGAAGAACAUGAAGGGCGAGCAAUUGGUUUUGGAAUGGACCAAAACGUCGCUGUCAUUGGACUUGCUGAAUGCUCCGGGUGGUGACCAGGCCAAGAGUCUGGUGAUCUCCACGCUGUUCCAGGAAAUCACAGACGUGACGUGGAAGGCGAAGAAGGACACGCUCACAAUCACGCUGACGAAGGCGCAGGAGUUGCCCUGGAAGUCUUUGAACGGAGCUGCCAAGAACAUGGAGGAUCACAUCGAAUACGACGAGUCUCUCUACGACUAAAGACUGCGUACGACUGCAGGCCACGAUAUAGAAACACCGCGUUGGCGGUUGCUCCAGUGACCCACCACUACGAGUGUCCGAGUGAAGAUUGCACUCUAGGCCGGUGCCUUGAAUUCAAUAUAUUGUAGAUGAGAUU